AUGUUUACUUCAACCGUUCUUUCUCUCUUUUCGGCUGCCAGCCUCGUCGCAGCCGCCGUUAUCCCAGAUCUCACGCUCGCUAGAAGAAACUUGACUGAAAACGAAGUCAUUGUCUGGGGAAGUAAUGGGCGAGUGGAAGUAAUGAACAAGUCCGAAUUCGCUCUCCUUGCCAGCGAGUCGAGCCAGUCGUUUAAUCUCACCUCAUCAACACCGGUUUUGUUAAACAACACUGCAUUCAACCACUCGCUUUCGUCUCGCGCCUUAUCUAGUCGAUCAUGUUCUUCAGACUCCUACUUUACGAUGAACCCAGCCUCAACCUUUCUCAACUGGGAUGUACCGAUGUCCUCUGUUCUCCAUGCCACCAGCCCAAGCACAUCUGUCUCAGUCACCGAGGGCUACACAAUCAGCAAUACUAUCCAGAUUGGUGUCAGCUCUACCCUUACUAUAGUUGAGUCGUUUUUGAGCACAACUUUCAGCAUCAAUUACUCUGAGUCUUGGUCUUCCUCAUACUCUGCGGCGUACACGUUCGCGAUUCCGGAAGGCAAAUACGGCGUUGUGGUCAGCAAUUCCAUGACAACAAGACAUAGUGGUUAUGUUGAUGUUGGGUGCAUUGGAUCAACUGAGAGGACAUAUUUUCAGGCAGAUUCUUACAAUAGCAAGGCUUACGGCGGUCUUUCUUGGGUUGAUGGGACUAUAAGCUUGUGCACGGGAGAUACUUACCCUGUUCCAAUGUGUUUGGGUGGAGGAACUCUUUCGUAA